GCCGCCGGUCCCGCUCCGCCGCGCGGCUGCGGCACCGGGAGCGGCGGCGCUCGGGGCGCUCCAGGAUGGGCGCUCGCCGCCUCCUCGGGCUCCUGCUCAGCGCCUGCACCGCUCUCCUCAACCUCAGUCCCGGCUGCCUCGCACGACCCUGCUAUGAUGAGCUCGUCUCUUCCCUCUACUCCUCGUCCAUUGGUGCCUCCUCCAGAUACAACAUCUUCUACUCGGCCAGCUUUGCCCGGCUCCACAGCACCAGCGGCUGGUCCCCCGACCCCCGGGACAAGCAGCCCUGGCUCCAGAUUGACCUGAUGCAAAAGCACCGGAUCAACGCGGUGGCCACGCAGGGGACGUUCAACACUUAUGACUGGCUGACACGCUACAUUGUGCUCUACGGAGAUCACCCAACCAGCUGGAAACCCUUCUUCCAGCAGGGCAGCAACUGGACGUUCUUCGGGAACGUGAACGAGAGUGGGGUGGUGCGGCAUGACCUGCACUACCCCAUCCUUGCGCGCUACAUCCGCAUCAUCCCAGUGGCCUGGAACCCACGUGGAAAGAUCGGACUGCGCCUUGGGCUCUAUGGCUGCCCUUACCGGUCCCACGUGCUCUACUUUGAUGGGGACGAUGCCAUCUCCUACCGCUUCCGGGCCAAGAAGAUCAGCACCUUCGAGGAUGAUAUCUCCUUCAACUUCAAGACAUUGGAGCAGGAGGGGGUGCUGAUGCAUGGGGAGGGCUCGCAGGGCGACUACAUCACGGUGGAGCUCAAGCAAGCCCAGCUCUUCCUGCACAUCAGCUUAGGCAGCAGCCCGCUGCACGCCAGCGAGGGCCACACGACGGUGGCAGUGGGCAGCCUCCUGGAUGACCAGCACUGGCACUCGCUGCACAUCGAGCGCCUCGGCCACCACGUCAACCUGACGCUGGAUGGGGAAGUCAAGCGCUUCCGCUGCCAUGGCACCUUCAACCAACUCGAUCUGGACACUGAGCUCUUCUUUGGUGGGGUGAUCGAUCAGGACAAACAGCACCUCACCUACCGGCAAAACUUCCGGGGCUGCGUGGAGAACAUCAUCUUCAACGGGGUCAACAUCGCCGACCUGGCCCGGCACCGGAGACCCAACAUCCGCUUUGAGGGCAGAGUGGGUCACUACUGCCAGGACCAGCUGACCACCCCCAUCACUUUUGCUGGCAUCAACAACUAUGUGAGGGUGCCAGGCAUCCCACGGAGGAAUCGCCUUUCCGUCAGCUUCCGAUUCCGCUCCUGGGACACUGCUGGGCUCCUGCUCUACACCAGCUUCUCUGACAACCUGGGCUCCCUCGAGGUGGUGCUGAGCGAGGGGCAGAUCAAUGUCUCUAUUGCCCAACCUGGCAAGAAGAAGCUGGAGUUUGCUGCAGGGCAUCGCUUGAACGAUGGCUUCUGGCACUCGGUGCAGCUGGUGGCGCGGGAUGGCUCGGCCGUGGUGACCAUCGACGAUGACGAUGGUGCUGAGUUCCGGGUGGCGCACCCCUUCCAGCUCCGCACUGGCAGCCAGUACUUCUUUGGAGGCUGCCCCAAACCGGCCUCGGUCACCGGCUGCCGGUCGAACCAGACGGCCUUCCACGGCUGCCUGCAGAUGCUGAACGUGGACAUGCAGCCUGUGGACGUGGAGCUGCUGGUGCAUCACCGGCAGGCGCAGUACUUCAACGUGUUCUUCAACGUCUGCGGCAUCACGGACAGGUGCACCCCAAACCUGUGCGAGCACGACAGCCGCUGCAUCCAGUCCUGGGAUGACUUCAUGUGCAUCUGUGACCUGACGGGCUACAAGGGCGAGACCUGCCACAAAUCCCUUUACAAGGAAUCAUGCGAUGCUUACCGAGUCAGCGGGAAAACCUCAGGGAACUACACCAUCGACCCGGACGGCAGUGGGCCGCUCAAGCCCUUCACGGUGUACUGUGACAUCCGAGAGGACCGGGCUUGGACCAUCAUCCGGCACAACCGGCACUAUGCCACACGAGUGACGGGCUCCAGCGUGGAUCAGCCCUACCUGGGGGCUGUGGAGUACUGGAACGCCUCUUGGGCAGAGGUCUCAGCCCUGGCAAACGCCUCCGAGUACUGCGAGCAGCGCAUUGAGUUCCACUGCUACAACUCCCGCCUGCUCAACACCCCUUCUGGGUUGCCCUUCAGCUUCUGGAUGGGCCGGCACGACGAGAGGCACUACUAUUGGGGGGGUUCACGGCCGGGCAUCCAGCGCUGCGCCUGCGGGUUGGAGAAGAACUGCGCUGACCCCAACUACUUCUGCAACUGCGACGCUGACCACGCGCUGUGGAGGACGGACAAGGGUCUGCUGACCUUCGUGGACCACCUGCCCGUCACCCAAGUUGUGGUUGGAGACACCAACCGAACUGGUUCCGAAGCCCAGUUCCUGCUGGGGCCCCUACGGUGCUAUGGAGACCGCAACACCUGGAACACAGUCUCCUUCAACAGGGGCGCAGCCCUGCUCUUCCCCACUUUCCAGGCCAACCACAGCCUCGACAUCUCCUUCUACUUCAAGACCACUGCCCUAUCUGGUGUCUUCCUGGAGAAUCCCGGCACUCGAAACUACAUCCGCGUUGAACUCAACACCACCAGGGAUGUGGUGUUUGCCUACGACAUUGGGAACGGGGACGAGAACCUGACGGUACGUUCGGUAAUGCCCUGGAACGAUGACGAGUGGCACCAGGUGAAGGCUGAGCUCAACGUCAAGCUGGCGCGGCUGCGGGUGGACAAGCUGCCCUGGGUGGUGCGGCAGGCUCCUCCGCAGAGCUUUGUCCACCUGGAAUUCGAUAGACCCCUCUAUGUCGGCGCGGCGGAGCACAAGAUGCGCCCGUUCCUGGGGUGCCUGCGGGGGCUGCGGAUGAAUGGGGUGACGCUCAACCUGGAAGGCAAGGCCAACGAGACGGAGGGCGUGCGGGUCAACUGCACCGGCCACUGCCUGGACCCACCAGUGCCCUGCCAGAACAGCGGGCUCUGCGUCGAGCGCUACAGCCACUACAGCUGCAACUGCAGCAUCUCAGCCUUCGAGGGGCCUUUCUGCAACCACGACAUCGGUGGGUACUUUGAGGAGGGAGCCUGGGUGCGGUACAACAUCCUGCCCAUGUCACUGUAUGCUGCCCGCGAGUUCGCCAGCAUCGUCAGCAGCCCCUGGCAGCCCCUGCCCGGCUACAACCUCACCAGUGAGGAGGUCAGCUUCAGCUUCAGCACCACCUCGGCACCCGCUGUGCUGCUCUACGUCAGCACCUUUGUCAAGGACUACAUGGCCGUGCUCAUCAAGGACGAUGGGAGCCUGCAGCUGCGUUACCAGCUGGGCACCAGCCCAUAUGUCUUCGCCCUCACCACCAAACCGGUGACGGACGGGAGGCCCCACCGCGUCAACAUCACCCGCCUGCACCGCACGUUGUACACCCAGGUGGAUUAUCUCCCCGUCAUGGAGCAGCAGUUCUCCCUCUUUGUGGACAGCAAGCUGGACUCACCCAAAAACCUGUACCUGGGGCGCGUGAUGGAGACUGGUGCGAUCGACCCUGAGAUCCAGCGUUACAACACGCCCGGCUUCGCAGGCUGCCUCUCGGGUGUGAAGUUCAACACCCUCGUCCCCCUCAAAGCCAUCUUCCGCCCCACCGGCGUCGUACGGCCCUACAGCAUCCGAGGGGAGCUGGUGGAGUCGAGUUGUGCCUCCAUGCUCCCCCUCACCACCAUCCUCAUCCCACCUGAGAUGGACCCCUGGUACAUGGGCACAGAGUUCCCCCACGUGCACGAUGACGGGUGGAUCGCAAUCAUCAUCGGGUUCAUCACCUUCCUGCUCCUGCUGCUGGGCGCGCUUCUGGUGCUGCUCUACUUCUACCACCACCGUUACAAAGGUUCUUACCACACCAACGAGCCCAAAGCCAUCCAGGACUACGGCAGCGCCGCCAAACCGCUGUCAGCACGCAAGGACCAGAACCUGCCCCAGAUCCUGGAGGAGGACAAAGGGGACUAGCACGGCCACGGGGGGUGGGAUGGGCUCGCAGCCCCCGCAGCCCUGGGAGCCACCCGGGUACGAGCGAGCGUCGCGGGACCAAAGGGCCGAGAACACCUCAACUGCCAACACCCGCCUCCGAACCAGCCUGGGGUGCACUGACCGCCAGCUCCUCCCCGCUGCCGCCACCGAGACGGCCCCGGAAGGCGGCUGUGACCCACUGAGCCCCAGUCUCGCUUGCCCCAGGCACCCCAGUAGCCUCCGUGCCAGGGUCCAGGCUGCUGCCUCCCACCAGCUGCCAAAUUCUACCCUGCCUCCAGCGGGGAACCCCACAACUGGGGCAGCUCACCCUCCCUUCCACACGGGAGCGUGCCGGGAGCUGCUGCCACUGCCCCGUUAGCGAUGCCCGCGCGUAGAUUGCCCGCUGCUUUGCUCGCUUAGCCAAAGUCCAUGCAAUACCCAGCCCUGGGGCACAGCCUGGGGCACGCCGAGCAAUACCCUACCCGUGCCGGCGACGGCUGCCGCGCAUGAUGCCACUGCACUUUGCCAAGAUGCUGCUUUCACACAAUCAGGUACGAAAUCCUUUCUACCAUUGGUUUUGGUUUGUUUGGGUUUUUUUUGUUGUUGUUGCUGGAUAUUCUAUUACCACUCGGAUUUUUUUAUUCAAUCGGUUUGUAUAAAAAACCAAACGGAAGCUCCUGCCAGGUGUUUACGUUCCGCGUGUCGUGGUACGUGGUCUGUAGUUUGCUACUUCUCUGUACGAAGUGUCGGUCCUGCAGAUUACCUCCAGCCCAGGGAAAGCUCCUGUUCACUCGCUGUAUUGUGGUACGACGACGUUACAGAAAUGCAUUUAUCUACCCAAAGGCCUAGCUCCACUGGGCACUUUAUUUUUAAAAAGCCUGUUUUUGUUGAAUGAGAUGUGGAUACUCCAAUAAAGGCAGAACGACAGCGUUUGACGCUCCCAAGCCCUCACC